GCAGUCGUGGACAUUCGGGAUUCAAUGAAAAUAAACAUGUGAAAUAGUGCCCACAACAAUUGAAAAAUCAGCCUGAAUAAAUAAUUAAUUAGCACUCCAUUUUAUUUGCGAGGAGUCAGUCCUUAUUCGUCUACAUGUUGGCAUCGGCCAGUGGGUCAGCCGUUCGGACAAUUAAACAUUGUCAACAGUGAGAUAACCCUCGCAUUGUCACAAGUCAUUAAUUCAGUAUAAAUAAUGUUGAGACAAGCACUGAAGAAGACAUUUGGCUACGAUGACUUCAAGAGUGAUAUUCAGGCACGAGCUGUUGCAGCUAUCCACAAUGGGAAACAGGACGUUUACGUGUGCAUGCCCACGGCUGGUGGGAAGUCAUUGUGUUUUCAAUUGCCAGCUGCUCUUAAAGAGAACUCAGUGGCUCUCGUUAUCUCUCCACUUCUGGCUCUUGUCAAAAAUCAAGUUGAUUUUCUUAACGACAAGGGCAUAAAAGCCCGUGCACUGAAUUCGAAAACCCUCGCAAAGGAGAAAAAUGCCAUUCUCAGGGAUUUGGGAUUCACGAAGCCAUCGACUAAGUUGCUUUAUGUCACACCUGAGAUGUGCACCCAGCAGUAUUUUCAGGAUAUAUUGAGGAAAAUGCACAAGACGAAAUCAAUUUCUUAUGUUGUUGUGGACGAGGCGCAUUGCUUGAGUCAGUGGGGGCACGAUUUCAGGCCCAGUUAUCGAAAGCUGGGGAGUUUGAGGGAGAUACUGCCAGGAGUGCCUGUUGUUGCAUUGACUGCAACUGCAGCGAAGGAGGUAGUGGAAGACAUUUUCAAAACCCUGAAGAUGAACCCAAUAACCUUCUCCUCUCCAGUAUUCCGAGAGAAUCUCUACUACGACGUGUGGUUCAUCGACAUCCUCCCAGACCCCCUGGACCACCUCAAGAAAUUCAUAAUCCAGUCCCUCGGGCCCAACGAGAAAAAGAAAAACUGUGGGAUAAUCUACUGCAGGAAGAAGGAAGCCACCGAGUACCUGGCGACCAAACUCACCGAGGCUGGCAUAGCCACCCUAGCUUAUCACGGCAGUCUCAACAGCAAAUGUCGAUCUGAAGCUCAAGAUAGGUGGACAUCGGGCGAUGUGCCAGUGAUUGCAGCAACCUGCAGCUUCGGAAUGGGGGUGGACAAGGGAUCGGUUAGAUUCGUGGCCCAUUGGACGGUCCCUCCGAGUGUAGCUGCGUACUACCAAGAGUCUGGUAGAGCCGGCAGAGACGGAAAGCCCGCAUCAUGCAGAAUUUAUUUCAGCAGCGAGGAGUACAGAGCCAUUGAUUUUCUGACAAAAACAGUUGAGCCAGGGCAACCAGUAGAGAUUGUUAAACAGAAGAACAAGAAUUUUGAGAAAAUGGUGUCGUAUUGUCUCGAGCCCAAGUGUCGGCACAGUAUAUUCUCGAAAUACUUUGGCGAUAGUCCACCUGUUUGCAAAGACCGUUGCGAUGCUUGUAAAGAUGAGCAGACGAUAAAAGAUCGAAUAUCUAGGUUUGAGACGAGCCAGUCUCUCAAGUCUCAGAAGCAUCGAUCUGUUCUGGAUGGAAUCGUCAUGCCCAAAUACGAUUACCAGCCCGAAGAGGAGGAGGGAAGAGGCAUGUCCAGGGAACAGCUGAUUGCUAUGGAGAAAAAGGAGGCUAAAGACCUCAUCGACAAGCAAUUCGCCUUGAGAAGACGAAACUCCUGCUCUGAAGACCAGAUUCGAGAGCAGAAUUUGCUGGCUGCUAAGGACGCCAAGGUCCACUCAGCUGAGAGCACUGACAGAAAAGUCAAAGGACUGACUGUGCAGAUCAGGGAGCACUGCCUUGGACAACUCGCUGAAGCCCUUUUGACUAAUUACAAACUCUUCAGGGACUUCUUGUCCCAGACAGUCCCAGAAUCCCACGUGCAGGACAUUGCACGAGAGUUGGAGUACAUGACCCUCUGCAGAACGAAAUUGGCGAACAAGUACAAGCUGGAUAUCUCGCAGGUUCUCUCCAACGUGAAGAGGGCCACGAGCAAUAAUUUGAUGUACGAUUAUUUUCGAGAGCUGCAGGAGUCGGGGGGACAGAGAGACGAUGGAGUUGAUGGAUUGCAAACUGAUGAAUCUAGCCUCAAGGUUGAUGAUGUGGCCAGGCAGCAGGUUCACUCUGGCUUUAAGACAGCCUCAGAGUUGCUUUCAAGCACAAGUGAUACAGAGACUAUUCACAGGAGAAUUUCUCAUUUUGGGAUGAGUGAGACUAGCCAAAAUGUCAACGACAUCUCCAGUCACAAGAAGAAUGUUAAUUGUGGAUUCAAAACAGCCUCAGAAUUGCUCUCAAUUGCGAGUGAUACUGGGGCUACUCAUAAGAGGAGAAUUUCUCAUUCUGGCGUAAACGAGUCUAGCCAAAAUGUGAAUGACAUUUCCAGUCACAAGAGGAAUGUUAAUUGUGGGUUUAACACAGCUUCUGGCUUCAAAAAAGCCUCUGAACUCAUCCCCAAACUCGAUAAUGCGACUAAAAAUAGUAAUAAGUCUUCUGAGAAUGAGAGGAAAAUGAGUUCAGGCUUCACCAAAGCUGCAGAACUCAUUAGUAAACCCGAGGAGACAAGAAAGACUGAGACGAAAGCUCCCAAAGUCACUGAGAGAAAUUCAAAGUCGCCAGCAGAAAAAGGCAACAAUUCUAUUCUGAAAUAUCUGGUGAAGGACAAGUCAACUCAUGAAUCCAACCCACUCAGAUCCACUGGUACAACCUCAGAACAAUCGCUCUCAGUAGAUCACAAUACAUACUCCACUGACAUGUCAAACAAAAUGGAGAAACGAGCAUUUGGCAAGACCUCCCACAGCCCCAACGAUAAUCAAUCACGUAAAAAGUUUAAACCGAAUUCAACGUCAGAUGAUAACGUCAAGGGAAAAAAUAGAAUUUCCGCUGCUGAUGAAGUGGAUGGGAAGAGAAAAUUGGAGAAGGCUGUGAAAUUUGGCACUGCUGGGGUAUUGAAGAGUUAUCUUAUGAAAUAUUAUCCCUCGAAACCCAUGCCGGAUAAGGAGAGCUUCACUAGAAUUUGCAAAAGUAUUCAUCAGUUGAUUAUGGACAAGAGGAUCGUAGAUGAAGGGGAGAUCAAGAAAUUCGCGAAGAGUUACCUGCAAAACAUGUGAAGUCCACUGACUAAUGACGUUAUUUUUGUAUUGAUUGCCGGUGUAUUUAUUUAUGAGGGGGCGAGGUGAAUAAAGCGUGAUAGAGUUCUGUAA